GUACUGCUAUAUCAUUAACAUUAUGGUUAUAUUUCCGUGUGACAGAGUUGAGACCCUCUUUCAGAUCUUUCUGCCUGUAGAAUAGUUCCACUGUGAGCCAUGAAGUACAGAGCAGAACGCCCAAUGUCUCAUAGUUAAUAUACAGUUUAAAGCAAGAGGAUCCUAAAUUUGUUACUUAGGUUGUGGGAAAAUAAAGACUAUAUAUUUAGAAAGUAUCAAUAGAACAUAAGACGUGGGAAACUGCUCUGUACUUAGCCAGGCUGUUGGCUAAUCAAACUCACCAUUGCCCAUUCGUUGCUGGAGUACCAUAAUAAGGCAAGGGCAGGCAUUUUUUUCUUUUUUACAACCAGAGUAUAUACUUCUACUAAUACCUGUGAGGACUGCAAGAAUUUUCUCCAAUGUAGAAAGCCUCUUUUCACAUGCAUGGGGAGAUCUAGUCAUCUAUUAAAAUUUAUCUUUUCCCCCAUUUCUGCUCUACAUGAGGGUGAGCAACUGGUCGUUGCCCUUUCUGCCUGUAGGUGACACUUCAUGGGAGCAGAAUCCACCAACCACCUUCCGCAACUCAUCUGACAUUAAAACUAAGGACAGCACAACUUGCCGGCCUUGUUGCUGAGGCAAAAUAGGGCUGGUCAGCCAGGUCAGCAAAUUUUAUGCCAGCACAUUUUUCUCUACCAGCUGAGGGAUUCAAGGACCGCACAUUAAUGCAAAUCUAUUUCAAAAUGUUAGAAGAAAGUUAGGGAUUCAAGUGGGUGCAGACUCUAUGGACACUGCGUUGUUGUAAUCGCAGCUUUACGGCGUGAGCUGAAUGGGAACAAGAAUUCAACUUUAAAAUUUUAAUCUUUUCCAAAAUUAAUUAAAUUUCAUGUUAGUACUUUUCACUAUUCCAUUCUUGGCUUAUUUGUGAAUAGAUGUGAUUUUAUGGUACCUUCUCUUGAUUUUUUAAUAUCCUCUUCUGCUUUAUUCCAUGUGAGGAUAGAUUUAUUCAUAUCCCUAUCUCUGGAUGUGAAAAUAAUGUAAGACAAAUGCUAUGCUAAAAUAUGGAGCUCAGAAGUAGCCUGAAAAUAUCCCUGUUUCUAAGGCACAGCUCAGAGGUUUCGAACUCCAGCGUCUGAAACAAAUGCUUUGGUUCUGAAGAAAACUGUCUGAUGACGUGGUGAUGAAUCUUCUCAUUUCCAGCUGAGUUCUAGCCCUGGAAUGGCCAGCCAGGAAACUGAAGUUCAGAGACUGGUGCUAGGUAAUGAUUCAAUGAUAGAAGGAAUAAGCAACCAGGUUCUGCUGGCAGUAGCGCUUAGCUUCACAUUCCUUGUUGCGCUGACGUAUAUGCUACUAAGAGAUGGGCACCCAGAUAUUCAUCCAGAGAACCAAGAGCUAGUGAGGGCAGUUAGACAACAAAUACAGUCAGAACAGGAAAAUGUAGUCGGUGACAGACAACAUUUCUAUACUGAUAUGUCCUGCCCAGUGUGUUUACAACAGGCUGCAUUUCCUAUUGAAACAAACUGUGGACAUCUUUUCUGUGGUUCCUGCAUUAUUGCUUAUUGGAGGUGCGGAUCAUGGCUAGGUGCAAUACACUGCCCUAUCUGCAGACAGACGGUAACUUUAUUUUUGCCACUCUUUGAUGAGGGACAAGAGGAUGCAGCACAGGUGCUCCAUGAUGUUAGUGAUUAUAACCGGAGAUUCUCGGGACAGCCAAGAUCGAUUAUGGAAAGGAUUAUGGAUUUACCUACAUUAUUGCGUCAUGCGUUCAGAGAAAUGUUUUCUGUCGGUGGUCUCUUCUGGAUGUUCCGCAUCAGAAUAUUCCUCUGUCUCCUGGGAGCCUUGUUGUACCUUGCAUCACCGUUGGACUUUAUACCUGAAGCUUUGUUUGGAAUAUUGGGAUUUUUAGAUGAUUUUUUUGUGGUUUUUCUGCUACUCAUAUAUAUAUCUAUCAUGUACCGAGAAUUUGUGACACAAAGACUGAACAGAUGAAGGCAAAUGUCAGGAAUUAACGUUCAGGUGCAUUAAGUGAAUUAGCUGUUUUGAAGAAAAACAUCUAGACACAAUUUUGGUUAUUAAAUAGCCUCUGUUUGAUCAUCUUAUGCAAUCAAUCACAUCUUUAUUUCAAUCAUAAAUCAGCAUAAGAUAAUUUGAGAUUAUAAAAGUUAUCUUAUGCAAGCAUGAGGAAUUUAUGUCAUGGUGAUUAGAGAACUGGCAAUUCAGCGUGUGAUAUAAAAAAGGUGUAACACAUGCUAACAUACAUAUGUUUACAACAGAUGAGUAAGUAAAUACCAUUUAAGCCACCAUCAGUGACAAAAGGGAAUUUGUCUUGGAAUGUUUCAUUUGAAUUAGCUGGACAUGUACUUAAAACAUUGUUCAAUGUAUAAUCUCAUAUUCAAUGUAAAGUUUCAAAAACUGCUUUAAGCCUACUGUGGGUAACCAGGUAAAGGGGAUUGUUAUUUUAAACACAAUUGUUUAGAAUGUCUGCCUGUGCAGGAAAUGCUCAAGCAGUACAGUUAUUAAGUAAGCUUGAGUUAUAACUUAAUAUUGCACAAACAGAAUAAGUACAGUAUUGUGACUAUAUACAAUUUUGUAUUCUCUCAAUAUAAUUUUUUCCCAUGGAAUUGCACUGUCCGCUGUGGAGAGAAUGCUGUUUUGUCCAUAACUAACGAUUGUACUGUAUGUAGUAAGGUUUUGCAUUACAAUGCUCAAUAUAUUUUUUUUGUAAAAUAGAAGAUAGCCUAGCUUAACACAGAUAGAUGGAUGGAGAUUAUAUAUGUAUAUAUGUAUCCGUAUAUGUACGUGCAUACGCAUAUGUAUAUGGGUAUAUAUGUAUAUGUACAGUAUUAGACAAAUAUUUGAGUUUAAAUCAUAACUGGCCUCUCUAAUCAGGUGAAAUUCUAAGUAUUAAAUAUUGCUGGUAGAGCCAUUAGCUGAAAUCUAAAACUGAAUUUUAUAGUGAAUAUACUUGAAAUAACAACUGGUAAUGGGGACCAUAGAUAUUUUAUAUAUAUUCUUACUUUUGAAAAAACAUACAAAUACUCCUUCAGAGUAAGCCUCAUUGAACAUUGGAGACCUUCUCAACAAACACACAUACUUUCAGACUAUAAGUCUUUUCAAGUUUCAUUUCAAAGUGGUCCUAAAAUACUAUGAAAUGUCUUGUUUAAGCCAUUUAACAGCUCUUGAAAAAAAGAGAAAAUGACUUAACAGGUGUAUGGAAUCACUGCUCACAAGCCUGGAGAAACUAUAGCCUUACACAUGAUGUGAACUGUUACUUCCAGCUUUCCUUGCUAUUUGUUGUCCUGGUUUGGGCUAAUGGGAUUUCAUAACUAUAAGUUCUCCAUCCUGCUCACACUAUUUCAUUUCAUAUUCCAACUGGAAAUAUACUAACCUGUGAACAACUUGCACUUAGUCUCCUUAGACAUACAGAACAGUGUCUUUACUAUAAAAAAAAAUGAGAAAAGGGAUAGGUGCUUGGAUUAUAAACGGUGCUAUAUACAGUACAAAGUAUACAAAGAUGCUCUCCAAAAUUUUGGUAUGGAGAGCUGAACUACUAUAUAUGGAAUUUGUUUAAUCCCUUAACCAACCAUGAAAUAAUUAUUUAGGACUUGCUUUUUAGCAAAUUCCUGCAGAGAAUGAAAGCAUUGUUGUAUGUUAAUAAAUAUAAGGUAUUUUAAGAGAUAGUUAAGGCUUCUUGUGGAGAAGACCAGAGAAUAUCCCUUUUUGGUCUGAAUUCUUUAUGGCAGCAUUGUCAUUAUGAAGACUUGUAUUGGCAUUGAUCUUAAGAUUAUUAAUAUCAGCCAGAUUUUUUAUUCUAAAUUAAGUCUAGAAUUGAAUUUUGAAUGCUGUUUUAAUGUUGAAUAUUGACUAACUUUAAUACUUGUUUAAAUGCCACUGUAAUUCUAAACUGUGAUUAAUGGAGGCAAAUGCAUGUCAGAGAGGAGGGAGUGUGAGAUGUUUAAGUCUUAUUUCCAAUCAUAGCUACAUUUAAAGGAGGGAAAACACUAUGUGCAUUAACAUUGACUUAAAAAAAAAUCCAAGGCUUUUAGUUUGAUGAAAUCAUUGCCAAAGAAAUCUCCCAUUAUUAACAAGUUUAGUUGAUAACACAAUAAUCGUUCUUCAUAUACACUAGAUAAAAACUGGAUUUGAAAUCCCAUUUUAGUUCUUUCAUCCAUUUCUAUGCAGGAUUCCAAGUGCCAAUAUAGACAAAUCAAUAUGUUGGAAUGUACAUGUUAAAUACAUUUGAAUAUUAAUUUGUAAAAUGAAUUUGUGUCUCUCUGUUAUCUUCUCAAGAUGCUGAAUGUGACCAUGGUCUAAGUUUUCUUUAAAAAUGUGGAACCAUUUUCAUUAUUAUUUCUAUAAACAUAUGUCUUACAUUUUCAAAGUUAUGUCUGGAGAACAUGUUUGAAUGUAUUGGCUGUAACUAAAGCUUACAGCAGCU